AUGGCUCCGCGCCGCCCUCGCAAGAAGCGCCGGAUUCCUGAUUCCAAGGCCAUGCCGGUGGGUGCGGUGGACGCCGAUGCCCUGCUCUCCCUGCCCCAGGAGAUCCUCGACGAGGUCCUCGCCCGCCUCGACCUCCGCGACGUCGUUCGCACCUCCGCACUCUGCCGCGCCUGGCGCCACCGCUGGGAGACGCUCCCCUCCAUCGACAUCUCCAUCCUUUCCGGCAAGCAGGCGCUCCGGACCGUCGACUGCGUCCUCCUCCGCUGCUCCGGCCGCGUCCGGCGCUUCUACGUGUCCCUCGACGAGCUCUCGGCCCGCCGCCUAGACGACUGGCUCCUCGUCCUAUCCCGCCGCGGCGGCGUCGAGGAUCUCUACCUCAGGCCGGCUCUGCAGCCCUACGAGUUCUUCUCCCUUCAUUCCAUCGUCUUCUCUUGGCGCCGCCUCAUCUCCGUCGACCUAUUCGCCUGCCACAUCCCGCCGCUACCCCCGGACUUCGAGGGCUUUCCGGUCCUUAAAGAGCUAAGCCUUGUCAAUGUGAAUUUCCAGCAGAACGGGGAGUACCAACUGGAGGAGAUCAUUGAGACAUCCCCAUUGCUCGAGAAGCUGAUACUAUCUGAAGUCUACAUCGGGGGAGACGAGUUUAUUGAAUGGGAGAUCCGGGCGCCCAAUCUGUGUCACAUAACAAUUUGCUCAAAUAUCGAUUAUGGCUGGAAUUUUGCAGAGCUGCCAUGCCUGCACUCUGCUGUCAUCGAUUUGUGGGAGUAUGUUGGUCACCGAGAUUUUGCCAAAUUUCUUGUUGGGCUCGUUCAAGUUAGGAAGCUUUGUCUCUACAUAUUUUAUGCACCGUUAAAUGGGAUUAAGAUACUGGAGACCCUUCCAUGCACCUUUGACAACUUGAAGAGCCUGAAAUUGUUCAUGGACUUCUGUGAACUGCCCCCCAUUUUGUCAGUGUUUUGCUUACUAAAGAGUAUGCCGAAUCUUGAAAAACUUAAAAUGAAGAUCUACAAUGGCGAAGUGCAGAAAAUUGAGCUAAAUGGAGAGUUCCUAAAUGCACAGUGGGCAGAUGGCAUGUGUGCCAAUCUUCAAAUUCUGGAGAUGACUGGUAUCAAUUGGCUUCCAAAUGAAAUAUCUUUUAUGAAGCUCAUUCUUUCCAAAGCUAGGCUUCUUCGUACGUUAUGCAUCAGUCAUCAUGAUGAUUGCUCAGUGUCUCAUGUGGAUCCACUGCAUGAGCUAGUAACAUGUGGAAAAGCUUCAGCUCAAACUCAAGUUCUGUUUAAAGGAACUCUGAAGGGGCAGCCUAUGCAAUUUCAUCAGACAACUGAAGCUGAAAGCCAGUCUUGA